AUGGAGGAGCGAUCACGCACCUGCCUCGUGAGCUGCGGCGACGUCACGCUCAAGCUCACGCUCACUAGCAAGAUGCUCAAGCGGCCCUUUGUGGACGCGGUGCUUGCGCCCUUCCUCAAGGCCUACUCGAAGAAGGCGGGCCUGUACGCGGGGCGGCUGCCGACACCGGCGGACGUGGCGAGCGUUGAGGUGGAUGGCGUCCCGCUCGGCGACCACGGCCUCGGCAGCGGCAUCGUGCUUCUGGCGCGAGAGGCGGUCGACGUGGACGUCGAGCUCAAGCCGCCUCCCGCGGCGGCCGCCCCUCCGCAGGGCCUCUCGCAGACGCUGCCCGACGGCCCAUUCGGCGGCCCAUUCGGCGGCCCGUUUGACGGUGGUCGCGCCGAGGCGUCGGCGCGGGAGCCGCCGCGGCCUCCGGAGGGAGGCUACCCGCUGCCGCCCGGGAGCGCUGUGCUGGUGCAAGGACUCGCCUCCGAGGCGGGCCGCGCGCUCAACGGGACGCGGGGCGAGGUGGUAUCGUGGUUGGAGGAGAAGCAGCGGUACCAGCUGCGCGGGGAGGGCGGCCAGCUGGUCAACCUCAAGCGGGCCAACCUCUCUCUGAUCGGCAGCGGCGAUGCUGGCCCGCCCGCUGCCGCGCCCGAUUGCAGCCCAAGCAGCGCCGAGGCGGGCGACGCUGUGCCGGUCGGGGAGCGGCUGCUCGCACUGGAGCGGAGGACCGACUCUGCAGGCGUGGCGCUCGGAGGUCUGUCCUCCUCCCUCGCCCGGGUCGACUUGGACGACGUCGAGGCGGCGGCCGGGUGUGCCGUGCGGCGUGCACCCGCAGAGCCGUCAGCGGCGGACGCGGUGGAGUGCGUCCACCGCAAGGCCUCCUCCGCGCUCGCCUCGCUGGCCGCGCUGCAGGUGGAGGUGGAUGGACUCGACGGGCUGGAAGGGCUCGACGAGGCGAAGAGGGGCGAAGCGCGCGCGCGGCGAAAGGCGGUGUGCGGCAGGCUGGCGGCGCUGGCGGAGGAGGGCGCCGCGCUGCGGACGGCGCUUGGCGAAGCGCAGAGGCGCGUCGAGGACUGA